CACGCUGACACUGUUAAAGCCAGUUUAAUCAAGUUGGUUGCUGGAAUACCUUUUGUGUUGCAUUUUUAAAUAGAGGCUUACAAGAGUACUAUUACACUGUAAGCAGUCUAAAAAUUGCAAUUGAAAAAAAAAAACAUUCGGGAUGUUUAGAUUUACAAUUAUAUCAGCUUUAGUCGCAAUCACAGUUGGACAAGACUAUAAUAAUCAUCCAACUCGACAACCUGUUGCAAUUAUUAGUGAACAAAGGUACUUGUCAGGAAAUGGAAAAUUUGGUGCUGCAUAUAGCCAAGAAGAUGGUAUAAAUUUUAAAGAAGAAACCGAUUCUGAUGGAACUCGUCACGGUAGUUAUAGUUAUGUAGAUCCAACUGGACAACGUCGUACAAUUUCCUAUACUGCUGGAAAGAAUGGUUUCCAACCAACUGGUGAUCAUUUACCAGUUCCACCACCCGCACCACCACAACCCGUUCCACAACCAGGAUACCAACCAAAUCCACAAUAUCAAGCUCCAAAUAAUAACUAUCAAGCACCUAGAGGUAAUCCAGACUAUGAUGACGGAAGUUAUGACACACGCUAUAACAAUCCAGGCUAUGACCAAAAACCUUCCUAUACGCCGCCACAGCCAGCAUAUAAUCCACCUCAGCAAAGUUACCAACCUCCCCAACAACAAUACCAGCCUCAACAACAAUAUCAACCACCACAACAACAAUACCAGCCACAGCAAUACCAACAUACAACUCAAAACCCUCAUCGAUUUAAACCACCUGGAAAAUUAUCAUUAAAUAGAACACCGGAUGGUUUUAGUUUCAGUUUUAAUAAAGUUUAAAUAACGAAUGAAUGUUUUAAUAAAAAAAAAAAUUACUAGUUUA